GUUAACUGAGGGUGACUUGUGUUAUCUGUACAAGCAAAAGGGCAGUUUUUGUGUGGCUUGUAAUCGCUCUGAGUGCAGGCUUAGACUCUCAGACCAGGGAAAACCGUCUUUGCAGCCAUGGCUGGUUUCACCAUGUGUCAAAUUUACCAUGGGACUGUCAGGAAUUUCAUACUUUGCUUCCAAAACAGCUAGAGCACUGGAGAGCUGGAGAAAUUGAAGCUGUGUGUAUGUCUGUGCCUGGCAGGGCUCUACACAAACCUGCCUGUUCUUGAGUACUCUCACUUUCAACCAGCUCUGUGUGAUAAGGACACCUCUGGGAUAUAGACACACUUUUUCUCUCUCUGUAUCUUUUUGGCUCAGCUCUCUUUUGUUCUCUUGGUUGAAGCUGGUAGGAUGUGUGUAAGAUGUGUGGGGGUUACGGCUGGAUCGUGUGGCGCCGUGUCCAAGGAAAUACUUAAGAGGAGAGGCCUGUAGAAGCUGAGACAGGAUUAUGUUCUGGAGGAUGAUAGUGGCCACCUUUCAGUUGUGGUUCUGGAUGGUGAGCAUGGGCCCUGCCUGUGCUACAGGCCCCACUAAGGGAGCAUUAUGUUGGGGAGGACGUCCCUGGGCUGCUGGAAACUUCAGCUGUGUGGGUCCAGAGCCUUAUCUGUUAAUUGGCCUUGGAAACGGCAUUCUCAGAAUGAACCUUGAUGGUGGGGACCAGAGAAGGAUCAUGUCUGGGGUGGGGAGGUCCAUCUUGUUCGACUUCCACUUGGGUGAAGGCACAGUGCUCUGGGCCGAUACACAUGCAGGAGUAAUCAACAGAGCGGGACUGGACGGAACAGGUGGACAGGAGCUUCUCUCAUCAGUGAAAGGAAUCACAGGGCUGGCUGUGGACUGGAUUGAAAACUCAGUGAUCUGGUGUAAUGCCGAAAGAGGAACAAUACAGAAAGUGGACACAGAUGGGAGAAAUGCAAAAACUCUUUUGAGAGACCUGUCUCAUCCAAGCAGUGUUGUUGUUGAUCCAAAUGAGAGAUAUAUUUUCUGGUUAUCAGAUGGAGUGACUCCCAGUAUCCAGCGUUCAGAUAUCACAGGUGGGAUGAUGGCAACAGUACUGAAAGUUGCAGACAGACUAAAGGUUUUGGCCAUAGACCACAGGGACAGGAGAUUAUUCUGGGUUCAGCAAGGCCUAGGAGUGCACACUGCAAUGGGCUCCUGCAACUAUGAUGGCAAUAAUAUCAAUGUAUUCAAUCAUCUUCAAUCAAGAUCCCAGUCUCUGAGGAUGACAAUUUUCCUGGAUUAUGUGUACCUAACAGACUCAAAGUCUAAAAGCAUAACACGAGUAAACAAGUACACAGGGGGCCCAGUGGAGAAUGUCAAUUCCAAAAGAAUGCCGAACCCCCCUGGAGAUGUCAAAGUGGUACAUUCCAUCAAUCAGCCAGUGAUGGAGAUUGCUACUCCAUUCACUCCAGGCUGUAAUCCACAGAGAGGAGAGUGUGUGAAAGUGUGUUCCAGUCACAGUGACACUGGUCUUUGCCGCUGCCAGGACGGUUUUUCUCUCAGUAAACCAGGCAACUACUGCAAAGAUAUAAAUGAAUGUGCCUUGUGGAAUCAUGGCUGCUCACUGGGGUGUGAGAACGUUCCGGGCUCCUACUUUUGCACCUGUCCCAAGGGAUACCUUUUACUGCCUGAUAUGAAGACCUGCAAAGAGGCUAAACCCUGCGUGGAGAAUGGGACAGUUUGUGAUCAUAAAUGCGUCAAUACAGCAGAAGGAGAUGUUUGUGUGUGUCCAGAGGGAUCUGUUCUAAAAGCAAAUGGGCAUUCGUGCACAGGCUGUUUGUCUGUAGAUCGGGGAGGCUGCAGUCAGAUGUGUGUGACAUUAUAUCCAGGCCAAUGGGAGUGUGAGUGUCAACCUGGAUACCAGCUACAGUCUGAUGGGAAACACUGUGCUGCCACAGGGCCUCCACCAUACCUGUUAUUUGCCAAUGUAGUGGAUAUAAGAAAGAUUAACACAGAUGGCACCAAGAACAGGAGACUGCUGGAGGAGCCAAGAGGCACUAUUAUAGCUGUGGACUAUGAUCCAGUGCAGAACAAGGUGUAUUUUGCAGAUAAGGGCCUGAAGCGUGUUGAGAGGGCUUCACUGGAUGGAGGUUUAAGAGAGAUCUUGUUCUCCACUGGGCUCGACUCACCUGAGGGGGUGGCUGUGGACUGGAUCAAUCGCAAGCUGUACUGGACUGAUAGAGGAUUAUCCACAAUUUCCCGCAGCAGUCUAAAUGGCCUUGACAGGGAGGUGUUUAUAGAUAAAGACAUCCAGAAACCCAGAGGCAUUGCCCUACAUCCUCAGGCACAGAAGGUAUACUGGACAGACAUGGGGAGUCAUCCUUCAGUGGAGCGGUCAGGUCUAAACAGAGAGACCCGUGAAGUAGUGAUUAGCACUGGACUGGUGUCUCCUAGUGGACUAGCUGUGGACCAUGGCUCCCAGCAUCUGUACUGGUGUGACUUGAGCAGAGGUCUGAUUGAAUCGGCCAGACUGGAUGGUUCUGAUCGCCAUGUACUAAGCGAGAACCAAGUAGGUCGUCCAUUUGACAUUGCUGUGUUUGAGAAUGUGCUCUGGGUCAGUGACUGGGAUGGUCACCUGCUCUACCGGCUAGACACAAGAACUGGACAAACCUCUGAGCGUCUCCAUGUUGACUCUAUUCAACCAGCUGCUCUGGUUGUUGUUCAUCCUCUCGCCAAACCAGGAGGUGAUCUUUGUCUACAUGAAAACGGAGGGUGUGCACAAGUGUGUGAAAGCAGACUGGGAUUGGCUUAUUGCUCAUGUUACCCAAAUCAUGUAAUAUCAGAAGAUGGCAAAGACUGCCUGCCAAUAAAUACAUCAUUCACUGAAUCAGGUGAUGGUGAAUCAAGCGAUCAUCUGAGCAAAAAAACACUGAAUGAUGAGAGCACACCACUGGCCAUAUCAGACCUCCGUUCAGAAGGAGACCAGCUUUUCAAUGAGAAGAUGGUGUCAGACCAGGAUGACUGCUACUCUCUUAUGUGUGAUGUGAAUGCUCACUGUAUGCUGAAGGGAGGCAGAGCAGUGUGUCAGUGUGUCAGAGGUUUCACUGGUGACGGGAAGCUAUGUGUGGAUAUCGAUGAAUGCACAGCAGGCCUGGCAGAGUGCAGCAGUUCUCAGUCUGAGUGUGGGAACACAGCAGGUGGAUAUUUCUGCCAAUGCAAAACUGGAUUCAGUGGAGAUGGUCAUCACUGUAUGGAUAUAGAUGAGUGUCGGUUAGAUAUCCAUGACUGUGAUGUGCACGCAGAAUGCCUGAACACAGUUGGAAAAUAUCAGUGUAGAUGUAUAUCUGGCUACACAGGGACUGGAUUCAGCUGUCAGGAUGAGUUUAAAGCCGCCCCCUCUUGGCUGAGUACUGGUAGUCCACUUGAGGUCACGUCACCAUGGCAACACAACAACGUGCAGAGCUGCCCCUCCACACAUGACUCCUACUGUCUGUAUGAAGGGGUGUGCCUCUAUUUCCCUGAGAUGGAGUCUUAUGCCUGCAAUUGUGUGUCGGGCUACAUGGGGGAGCGCUGUCAGUUCAGUGAUCUUGAAUGGUGGGAGCUGCAGCAAGCUGAACUGGAGAAGAGGAGGAAUAUGGCUGUAGCUGCUUGCACUGUGCUCCUUGUUACCCUGCUCUCCAUCGCUGUUUGCGCCACCUACUGCUAUGGGUCUAAAAGACAUUUUGGAAUGUGUCCAGCAGAGGAUGAUGUGGGUGACGUGAGCAUGAGUGAGGACAGUGUCACUGAAACAACGACUGUCACACCACAGGUCUAUGUGGUUUUGGAUACUAGUCCCUGUGUUGAUGAAAAUGUCCUUCGUGUUGUGGGGUGUCCCAGAGGAGCCAUAUGCCUCUCUUGCUCCUCAGAAAGAGGAGAGAGUUUUGCUCUAGAGGAGGCUGAGACACUGCAGAAACACAACCAUGGUCUUCAUGUUGCCAACUGCUCUGUAUCAUGUGACAUACACAAACUGAUGGAUACAGAGAGGACCACUGAUAAGCUCAUCUCCCUAGAAGACUCUCUAUCAUCGCCCAAAUGAUUCACCAGAAAGCCUUCACUGGAGGCUGGCCCAUGAACUGCUAAUGUGAAUAUGUUCAAAACAAUAAUUCAUCGUCAUUCAGUGUUGUUAUUUAGCCAGAUGAGGGAUUACCUUCACAAUGAGGUUUUUCAUGUUCCAGAAAAACAAGAUUACAGGUUCAAGUAGCAGCAGUUAUUUGUCAGCAGAUUUCAUAUGCAAAAUAGGUCACUACCUGGUCAGUAAAGGGAAGUAAGCCAUGAAGGGAUCUGUAAAACCAGUGCACAUCCCUCUAAUGGUUUUAUGGUUUCAAUACAAAUAAGAGCUAUAGGAUGUUUUAAGAUCAUUUUAUCUAGUCUAUAAGGAGGUCAUCCAGAGCAAUUCAAUGCUGCUUUGAAGACUGUUCUAAUGCUAACCAAGCUACAUUAGUCAUAAUAUACAAGUACUUGUCACAAAAGUGAAGCUUUUUGUUGUAUUGCAUACUAACUGUGUAAAUAGUAAACAUACCUCUUUUUGCCUUGCAUAUUGUGUAACUAUUGUGAUCUUAUAAACUAUGUUGAACUUUAAUGCAUUUCAUUUUAAAGACUUUAUUUUAAUAAUUGGUUUGAGAAGGUGAAGUGGGAAAUGAAGACCCAUCCUGCUUUGCCAGCAGAAAACAACAUGUACUUUGUCUAUUUUGCUUCAGAUCCUACAGAGAAGUGUGUAAUUUCUGCACUACUAGUAGUAUCAUACAGACUUUCAAAAAUAAUGAAGGUUAACUAUAAAGGUUAACCAAACACAUCACCUGUCUUUCAUUGGUCAGAAAACAAUGGUUUAUAAUGAUAUUGAUAGAAUUAAAAGCCCAGAUUAUCUAAACACAUUAACCUGUUAAUGAAUCAAGUUUAAAUGAUAAAAGAUCUAGAAAAUGAACAGUUUAGAAGUUCUGACCUAUUUGACUUCGAGCAGACCCUCUCUUAAACUGCUCACAUAGAAACUGCAGAUUUCCACAGAAUUGAUACGUCCAUCAUACAAAAUUUCUUCACAUCUCCCAUGCAUGUUUGUUU